AUGGAGAAGUUCUAUACCUUAUUUUCCCUUCUAGUUCUUUUGAUCAUCUCCAAGAAGGUAUUGGCUUCACCGACAUUGCCUCUUCAUACAAAUUCAAGAUGGAUUGUGGAUGAAGAUGAUAAAAGAGUGAAGCUAGCUUGUGUGAAUUGGGUUGGACACCUUCAGCCAAUGCUGGCCGAGGGUCUCAGCAAGCAGCCCUUGGAUACAAUAUCAAAGAAGAUUGCAUCCAUGGGAUUCAAUUGUGUCAGGCUUACAUGGCCAACCUUCAUGGUUACCAAUGACACUUUAUCCUCUAUGACUGUUCGUGAGUCCUUCCAGAUCUACAACCUUCCUGAAACCAUCGCUGGCCUGCAAGUCAAUAAUCCAUCCUUGCUUGAUAUCACUAACCUUGGAGAGAACAAUGUGAUGGUCAUAUUAGACAACCAUGUAAGCAAACCUAUGUGGUGUUGCAACAGAUAUGACGGUAAUGGCUUCUUUGGAGAUCAUUACUUCAAACCACGCACCUGGCUUGAUGGGUUAUACAAAAUUGCAACAAUGUUUAAUGAUGUUCCCAAUGUCAUUGGAAUGAGCCUGAGGAAUGAGCUGCGAGGACCUCGGACGAAUAAUAGCCUUUGGUACAACUUCAUGCAGAAAGGAGCGGAAGUAGUGCAUGAUGCAAACCCCAAUAUUCUUGUUAUUAUCUCGGGUAAUGACUUUGGCAAAGACUUGGGAAUGCUUAAGAAUGAACCACUACAUGUAUCUUUCAAGGAGAAGCUUGUAUUUGAGGUUCAUUGGUUCAGUUUCGCUGAUAGUUAUGGAUGGAGGAAUGGAAACCCUAACAAGGGUAGUUAUUACUAUAGAGAAAAUGUAAUGGCAAUGAAUGAAUACUAUGGUGUCUUGAAUUGGGAUUGGUCAGAAGUCCGGAACCCAAGCUUCAUGCAAAGGCUCUCAGCUCUACAGACUCCUUUUCGAGGACCGGGUCUCUCUGAUCAAGAAGAAUAUGAUGUAAUUUACCAUCCAUACACAGGAUUGUGCAUCCCCAAGAGUCCAGAUGCACCACCAAUAGUGCCUGUUACACUGGCUUCUUGUACCCAACCUGAAGCUUGGACUUAUACACCAGAAAAGAAUCUGCAAAUUAAGGAUACAUACUACUGCUUACAAGCUGAUGGAGAAGGUAAACCUAUUAAGUUUGGAACGGAUAGUGAUUGCAACUAUCCGAGUGCGAAAUGGGAGAGAAUAACAAGUUCCAAGUUCCACUUCUCAACAAUGGUUGGCAAUUCUACCUUGUGCUUGGAUUUAGGCUCUAACAACACUAUUGUAACAAAUCAAUGUAAAUGCUUGACUGGAUCAUGUGAACCUGCUACUCAGUGGUUCCAUAUCAUCCCUAGUACCAUACGUUAUGAAUGA